AUGAGACUUAGCCUUCUCCUGCCCUCUGCAUCGCUCCUUCCCCUACUCCCCCGGCCCCCCGCUGACAGCACCCGCCGCCUGCGCUCGUCUCUGCCAGACGUCUGA